AUGUUGGUCGUCCGCUCUCUCGGCGCUCGGAGCAUCACCAGUAUUGCUUCCCAGGGCAUCCUUGGCCCGUCCGUGUCGGUGGCUGCUCGUUCCCGUCAUGAAGUCCCACGACUCCGUCCUUGCACACUCGCAGGUAUCCACCUGCGCGGUCUUAGUACUGCGACGGACAACUUUGUGCGCGUAGUUGAGGUAUCGGCGCGCGACGGUCUCCAGAACCUCCCACCUCCAGCUGUUCCAACCAACAUCAAGAAGCAACUCAUCGAACGGCUCCUUGCAUGUGGGCUGCGUACCAUUGAAGUUGGAAGCUUUGUUCGGCCUGAUCGUGUGCCCCAAAUGGCAGACACACCCGAGCUGCUUCCUGAGCUCCCGCCGCUCCAGCCUGCUGCCAAGGGUGACCCUGUGCAUUACCCAGUUCUAGUCCCGAACAUGCGAGGACUUCAAUCUCUCCUCGCUCUGGAAGACAGCGCAAAGAGCUCGCGCGACACGCCGUUGACAAACGAAAUCGCAGUUUUUGUCUCGGCCACCGAGCCCUUCUCUAUGGCGAACAACAAUGCCACAGUCGACAAGGUCCUCAACGGCCUGCCGCCUGUCAUUGACCAAGCCUUGGCGCGGGGGUACCGCGUCCGCGGCUACGUCUCGUGUGUCAUGACUGAUCCGUACGCCGGCCCUACUGCUCCCGAGUCCGUCGUCAAUGUGGCGCGCAAGCUUCUCGACAUGGGUUGCUACGAAGUCUCUCUCGGUGACACUACGGGUGAGGGGAAUCCGGAAGCUUGGAGGACCCUAUGGAAGGCCCUCUUGAACGAAGGCAUUCCAGUUUCGAAAUUGGCGGCGCACUGUCACGACACCUUUUCGAUGGCUCUGCCGAGCAUUCUGGCUCUUCUUCCUCUGGGACUGCGCAUAGUGGACUCGUCGCUGGCGGGUCUGGGCGGCUGCCCUUACUCUCCCGGUGCUACAGGCAACGUUGCUACGGAAGAUGUCGUCUACGCGUUGCACAAGGUCGGUUUCCAGACUGGCGUUGAUCUCGACAACUUGGUUGAGUCGGGUAACUGGCUUUGCAAGAGCAUUGGCGUCAACAAUGAGAGCAAGGUUGGACGCGCCCUUGGUGCUCGUCAGGCACUGCGCAAGGCCAAGGGCCAGUAG